GCGGAAAGUUUGUUUUGAACGUACCGCGUGUUUCCUUCUUUUUUGUAAAACGAGGAAAACCAAAAAUCCUGGUGGGAAAAAGGCACGAUGGCCCAAAAUUCUGAUGCCGUGAAGCAGGCCAUGUUCGAGGAGCUGCAGAUUAUUCUGAAUCCCGACUCGGAACAGCGGAAAUCGGCCGAGGCCAGACUAGCACAGCUGAAGUUUACAGAAUGGUACGGUGUGAGUUUGGCCGAAUUUACCAUCGACCAGCACAUUCACAUCGGCAUCCGGCAGCUAGCAUCGGUGAUGCUGAAACAGUACGUGGACGAUUGUUGGACCGGCGAGGGCGAUGAGAACGAAGAACAGGACGGUGUGAGGGCUCUCAGCGCGAUGCCAUCCGAUCAAUCGACCGGUAUGCUGCUGGUGAAUGAUGAAGCGAAGAAGCGGAUAAAGAAGCUGCUCCCGGAGGGGCUGUACGAUCAGAAUAGCAAGAUACGCUCGGUCGUUGCCUACUGCAUCGCGAACAUAGCCCUCUACGAUUGGCCCGGUGACUGGCAGGAGUUGUUCGAUGUGAUCGUCAAGUGUUUGAGCGGCACCGAGAACUCGAUCGAUGGUGCAAUGAAGGUGCUGGUCGAGUUCACACUCGAGCUGGACAAACAGGUAGCGGAUGUCGCUCCACUGAUACUGUCCGAGGUGUACCGGAUCUUUUCCGCCGACACGAUGUACAGUGUUACGGCGCGCAAGUAUGCGGUCGAGAUCCUUUAUGCCCUUCUCCGUAGUAUCAACGUGAACCUUACAACCCGCCAUCAAAAAUCGGCUAUCUUGAAUCCGGUGCUGCCAAAUUUUAUGCAGCGCUUGAUCGAGGGUCUUACCGCACCGAAUGGUGCUCACAGUAGCUUUCAGCUGAAAACGCAAAUCAUCAAAGUGCUAAAGUACAUGAUAUCCGAUAUGUCGAAAUUCGUGCGACCCUACAUUGGCACGAUUCUGCCGACAAUCUGGCAGCUGCUUACGCAGUUGGCCGAUUUCUACGUCAAAGUCGUGGUAAAUGAGCUAGAAAGCGGCCCCUUCAAUGGUACCGGGCCAGAGGGUGAGGACGAGGCGGACGAUUUCGUGCAGAUGAUACUGCAGAUCUUUGAGUUUGUGCACACGAUCAUCGAAAUGAAGCGUUACAAGGCGGCAAUCACGAACGUGCUGACCGAUCUCGUCUACAUUACGCUGCUGUACAUGCAGAUCACCGAGGAGCAGGCUCAGGAGUGGAUGGAAGAUGCGGAAAAGUUCGUCGACGACGAGGAUGAGCAGGGAGUCGAAUUUACGAUUCGUGCCACGGCCCACGAUGUCCUGCUGAUCGUGGAGCAAGAGUAUGGCAAGCAGCUACUGCCGUGCUUUGCCGAAGCCCUCAGCAAACACAGUGCCGUGGCGGAGGUCGAUCGAAACGCGGGCAAUCCACACUGGUGGAAGAUACACGAAUCGUCCAUGCUAGCGGUGGGUUCGUUCAAGGGACUGAUCGUGGAAAGUGGUCCCGCUGGUGGGUUUAAUAUGGGCCAGUACCUCGCGUUGAUCAAAAUGUUAAUGGAAAGCCAGGCAUCACCGUACCUGCUCGGUCGCUGCCUAUGGCUGUUGAGCCGAUACGCUGACUGCGAUGUACUGGGACAACCGUUCGCGGAGCAGAUCGUUAAUGUGGCUGUCAACAGUAUGGCACUCGAUAAACCGAUCGUGCUGCGGAUCAUGGCCGCACGAGCCAUCCAUGGAUUUUGCACUAAUUUGAAGGGCACGGCCGAUGAACGGAUGCACGUGUUGAUCCUGUCGAAAAUACAACACUUCCUGGAUGGUUUGCUGCCACUGUUUGAGCAAUCACAAAACACGGUGGUCUGCCUGUUGCUGGAAGCCCUAAACGCACUCAUACUGUUCGAUGCGAACGCCACGGCUACGCUGGGCCCAAAGAUCAUCGAUGUAACGAUGGCCGUGUUCAUGAAGUAUCAUGACGAUCGGUUUCUGCUGGAAAUGGUACAGGACGUGCUAAGAACCCUAUCCCAGAAUCCGCUCUGUCUUCCGGCGCUCCAGGAGCGCAUUAUUCCCACACUCGUGGACAUUCUCGGCAACGAAGCAUCCGACUCGACGCAUGCGCCAGACGUUGCGCUCGAUGUGCUGCAAACGCUCGUCAAAUACGCGAAAGCACCGCUGAGUGAGGCUAUGAUCGAGAGCGCCUUCCCGGCCGCGGUUCACUGUGUGUUGCGCACGGAGGACCACUCGGUCAUGCAGUCGGGUGGUGAGUGUUUACGCUCUUUCCUGGCCGUUGCUCCCGAACAAAUCGGACGCUAUCGAAACGGUGAAGGACUCAACUAUGUGCUGCAGGUCGCGACGAUGCUGCUGAAUCCGAUGAACACCGAAUCGACGGCGUCCUUCAUCGGUCGGCUCGUGAUCACCAUCAUCACGAAGGUGGGCCACAUGCUGGGUGACUCGGUGGAUCUCCUGCUGAAAGCGGUGAUCAGCAAGAUGCAGCUAGUGGAAAGCCUAAACGUGAUCAUGAGCCUCGUGACAAUCUUUGCGCAUCUCAUGCUGCUGCAGCUCGAUGCCGUCCUUAACUUUCUCAGCACCGUACCGGGCCCAACCGGUGAGACGGCCAUGUCAUUCGUACUAGCGAACUGGCUUAGCCGCCAGCAUCUGUUCUAUGGUCAGUACGAGGGUAAAGUUACAACGCUGGCACUGUGUAAGCUGUUCGAACACGGUGUCACCACGAUGGACGAGCGGUUGAACUCGGUCAUGAUCAAGGAGCAAGUCGCCGUGUCAUCCACCCUACCACCGUCCACAACCGAACGACGCGUCCUCCGUUCAACAGGUGCCAAAGCGGCCACCACCUGGGUCGAUACACCGGUGCUGGUAAAGAUCUUCAAGCUGCUACUGCACGAGCUAGCCAAUCUGCGCGAUACGGCCAACGAGGGCGAGCUGGAUAGUGAGGAAAGUUCGAGCGGCGACGAGGAUGGUGGUGAUGGUUCAUCAACGGCUUUUCGAUUGGGAGACGAAGCGAAGGCGUCCCGCCCGUCGGCGCUGGAUGCACCGCUUAACUUUGCCCUUGGCGAGGACGAGGAGGAAGAUGAAGACGAUCGGCAGCUGCUGGCGGAACUGAUGGCUGAUCCGAUCUUCCAGUGCGAAACCAUCGACUAUCUGACCAAGUUCAUCGAGAGCUUCAGCAAGCACGAGAAUUUCCGCGCCUUCCUGGAGAAGAUCGACGAGAAGGAGCGGAAGAUUCUGCAAUCGUUUAACAUCUCACUGCAAUGAGCACGGGAUCAUAGAUCAUGAUGAUCUGCCUUUUUACUCUGCUCUGUUCCUUGUACACCGAUAUCCUAGUCCUUCAAGGGCGUCAAAGCGAUAAGAAAGUGAGAACGAACACUAGAGCGCCUUCAACGGGAAGUGAUUCCGAGAAUCGACCCAGUGUUCGAUGAAAUAUAUAGUAACUUCAUACUU